AUGUGCGGCGACUGGGCGCACGUCCUCGACGAGGCCGAUACAGCAACUGCUCGACUGAUCAUUAAUCUACAGCUCGAUGAUCUGGUAUCUCUAGCAGCAUGCGACCGCGCCAACAGAAGCGGAGAUGUCCCAAGCGACGGAGAAGUGGCGCGUCAAUUGUACGCUGAGGAGCUUCGCGAAUGUCUUGCCAGACUCGACCCGGCGCCUUCUAGCAACGCUGUCUCGCCGCAAAGCAUGGCCGAGGAAUUGAUGCAGAUCCAGCAUCAGGCUCUGAGAGACAGUCAAGCGUGUAUGAAACGACAUGAACAGAAGGCCAAGAGGGAAGCAGCCGCCUUGGAUGCAAGUGAGCUUGCCGCUUUCGCGCCUGGCCUCGGUGAAGGGGCCUUCGCUCAGCCGACUAUCAACGGCUUAGGCAAGAGGGCCAGAAGUGAUGAUGUCGCCUUCCAGCCCGCGAAGCGUCUUCAGGUCGACGACGGAGGGCACAGGAAACGUCAAGAUUGUCCUCACGAUGGACAAUAUUCCCUUGAUUCAGCCACGGACUUCAGCAGACCGUCGCCAACCAUUUCGAGUCCGGCACCUCCAAUGGUCAGCUCGUUGACAGCGUGGAGUCCUGUGCCUUCAGCCGACCAAGAGCUUCUUCAAGGCACAUCUAAGCCAAUACCAAGAGUCAAGCUCCCGCCCGCACGUACCAACAGUGGGACCAUUGGCACGCCUUUCCAAGCCACCGCCGGUGAUGGCCUUUCCAAUAUCGAAGCGUCUCGCUUCCAGAGCAUCACAUUCCAGCAGCCGUACCAAGGCAAGAGCUUCGAAGAGUUGAGGGCCGAGGACAGUCUGCAAGGGAUAAGAUACGGCAGAGACAACAGCAACGGCGAUGGCAAAGCAGGAAACUUGGGUAUAGGCACUGGCUUUGGUUCACGCCCGGUAGUCAAGCUGCCGGACCCUCAAACGAGUCACUCAGCACGAGCUUUUGGGUCUUCUUCGUUUGGUGCACCCAUACCCGUGUGGUGCAAUGACUGCAUGAAGUCAAUCGCUCCGCUACGCGCACGCUACACAUCCGCUUGCGCAGACAAGCAUACCUACUGCAUGAGUUGCGUUGAACAACGCUUCAAGUGGGCCAUUGCCGACGAUGCACUAUUCCCGCCACGCUGCUGCGGUCAAGCUAUCGAUCCGGAGAAGGUAAAACUCCUGGUUGAUUCGAAGACUAUGGCUGCGUACCGGGCGAAGCGUCUGGCACAGCACGCCUGGCCACCGUCUGUCGAGUUGGGGAGGUAA